AUGGAGCACAAUGAUGAUGAUGAUGAUGAUGAUGUGUCUUUUGCCAAAUGGAUGAGCAGCUUCUGGGGUCACAGCUGGAUAGAGGAGGAUGAGCGAGGACUCCGGGACCGCCGUGGAUCGCAAGACGCCAGUUACAGGAAAAGCUCCCUGCCUUGCCCAUUUCCCGUGCUUCCCAGAAUGAUGUCUUCUGCCAGCCAUCCUAGAAGGUAUUCUUAUGAGGACCAGGGAUUUCGAUGCCACACUCACGUGCGGGACCACAGAAAGUGCUCAGGGGAUGGGUCAUUCAAGGAGCCAUUGGAUUCAAAAGGAAGAUCCCAUUCCAAAAUUCAGUCAUUUUCAGACUCCCCUGAACAGCAACUGUGCUUUAGAACCAAACGUUCCGUCUCUUUGGGACCAGAGAGCAGAAAGGAGAGAAAUGAGAGAGAACGCCGGUUUCUGGAAGUGAGGUCUUGCAAGAAAGCGGAGGAAAAAAGGAGCUCUAGGAAGGAAGAGCAUGGAGAAGCAUACCUGCCCACCCUGUCUGAAAAAGCGCACAAAUAA